AUGGACGUCGAGGCAUUCCGCCAAGCAGGAAAGCAAGCUAUCGACGAUAUAGCUGACUAUUACGCGAAACUUGGGAUCGAUUCCGGAUCGAUUCCGGUGAACAGUGUUGUUGAGCCUGGUUAUCUUACUCCCCUCAUUCCCGAUGCCCCGCCACAAGAGGGUGAAGAUUUCGCCACAAUAUCAGCAGAUUACCAUCGACUAAUCAUGCCCGGACUAACCCACUGGCAACAUCCCGCCUUCUUUGCCUAUUUCCCAACCGCGAGCUCUUUUGAGGCAAUCCUCGGAGAUCUAUAUUCCCUUGCUAUCCCUACUCCAGGAUUCAACUGGUCUUGUAGUCCUGCAGCCACGGAGUUAGAAGCUAUCGUCAUGGAUUGGGCUGCAAAAUUACUCUUUCUGGAUGCAGCAUUCUACAACUCGAGUGGCGUUGGCGGUGGCUCGCUACAGACAACUGCAAGUGAUUCAGCCUUGAUUGCCAUUGUUGCAGCUCGCGAACGCUACAUGGCUCUUCAUCCGGAGGCUACACCUGAGCUAACAAACCUGGUGAUAUAUGUGACGACCCAAACUCAUUCUCUGGGCCUCAAAGCAGGAAAGGUCUUAGGACUCCAAGUCAGAGCAUUGGAAGUGCGUGCCGAAGACAAUUAUGCUUUGAAAGGGGAAACGUUAGAACAAGCUUUAAACGAAGACAAGUCUGCUGGACGUCGCCCCUUUGUUCUGAUUGCAACUGUGGGAACGACAUCGUCCGGAGCGGUUGAUGAUCUGACUGAAGUCGAAGCUGCUCUCAGGCAGCAUCCUGAAGUAUGGGUCCAUGUUGAUGCCGCGUGGGCAGGCAUCGCGUUGUGCUGCCCUGAAACUCACGAAACAUUACGCCUGACUGGAAUCAACUCUGUCGCAGACUCCAUUUGCACCAACUUCCACAAGUGGGGACUGGUAAAUUUUGACUGUUCUACCCUUUGGGUUCGCGAUCGCAGACUUCUGACGGCUGCCCUCGACAUUACCCCGCCGUUCUUGCGAACAACUCACGGGGAUGCCGGAACAGUCAUCGACUACCGCAAUUGGCAUCUAGCUCUAGGAAGGCGGUUCCGUUCCCUCAAGCUCUGGUUUGUUAUGCGCGGAUUCGGGGUUGAAGGAUUCCGCAAGCACAUCCGCCAAGCUAUCCAACUUAACGAGCUAUUUUCUACCCUGGUGAAAAACACAGACAUUCUUGAACUCGUUGCACCUCCAUCUUUGGCGCUUUCGGUUUUCCGUCUGGCUCCUCUGGAUUUAACCAAGGACGCGCUCAAUACGCUGAAUAGUGCAUUCUAUCAGCGUCUGAGUACUCGAAAAGACAUUGCCUUGACGCAAACGACGUUGAACGGAGCUUAUUGCAUCCGAUUUGCCAUUGGUGCCGCUCGUACAACAGAAUCUCACAUUCGCGAUGCGUUUUCUAUCGUCUUAGAAGAAGCUCGUACUGUUCUAGACGCGUAG